AUGCCACGAAGUACUCGGAAUGCGAACUAUGACACAAGGAGUCAGUCAGAGACCAGUACAGGCAGUCGAACAGACACUUCAGAUAGAACCGAAGCCUCCAUCCAUGCAUUCGAAGAAGCACAUCUUGAAUCAAAUUUGUAUCCGGAAUUAGAUAAAUUGAAUGUCGUUACUGCGUUUCCGGGAUCCCUGACAUACAGACAACUACUGCUCCAGUCACUUCCGAAUGUGCCAAGCAUUCUUAUGCAACUUGUGGAAAGAAUUGAUAAAGAGGUACCACCACUGCGAAAUCUUUGUUUUGGCAUCAGUGAACUCAGUAUGAAAGACUGUGAUCGCAUUCUUACCACAUUAACAACAGCUAAGAAUAACGCCCAGAUUUGUCAGCAGAUAAUUGAUAAUUGCAAGUUAUCACAGGUGGCUCAGUUACUCCAACUGCUUUUUCUCCGUUUGGAAAACCCUCCGUUUGUGGCAACAGACAGCUUUUGUGACUCAGUACUUCAGAAGGGUUACUUCGUUCAUCCACGGCUACAGACCAGGAAAGAUGCUACAAACAAUAUGACUCGCGCCACAAAAGAAUGUCUAUCUUCUCUGAAUGUCUAUCAACAGGCGACGUUAUCCUAUUUCAUUGAACGUUGUCAACGAUGGUGUCAAUCGGAGGUGGCUUAUACAAUUCAUCGAGAUGAAACCGCGAGUGCUACGACGAUCUACAAUGAAGCUCUCAGAUUUUUAAGUCGCAUGUUCGCCGAUUGCGUGAUCGGUUUACCGCGAUCGUAUAUCGCGUCCAGAAUUAUGAUGAAUAACCUCGAUUCCCUGACAGAAAUUAAACGCGGUAUCUUCACAGUACUGAUUGCGAUCAUCAGCACUAGUGUGUGGCACAGUAAUUCAAUCGACACGCUUUAUAUCCCACGUGACUUGUUGCCUCCAAUCACUAUCACUAGUCCAACACCCGUAUCUGAGGGGCAUGGUAUAAAACCUACCAAUCUUCAAAAGAUCCGUUCGUUUAAUUGGCUUUAA